AUGAUCGAGGAUUUAACACACGAGUUCUCUCUUCCUCCACCGGAUACAGGUUAUAGACCAUGGAUUUGUUUAGCCGCAUGCUUCCUGGUUGAAGCUUUGGUCUGGGGAUUUCCAUUUUCCUACGGUAUUUUCCAUGAUUAUUAUAGCAGCCAUGAGCCUUUCAUGUCGCAACCGUCCGGAAUUGCGGCUAUCGGUACCUCUGCCAUGGGAAUCAUGUACUUCGGCUGCAACUUCUGCUUCCUGGGAAUACGGGUCCUGCCUUGGCUGAAGAACAAGAUCGCCCUCGCUGGCCUGUGCGUCAUGAUCGUCUCCCUGGUUGCCUCCUCAUUUGCCGAAAGUGUUCAGCAGCUCAUCCUGACGCAAGGCAUUUUAUAUGGCAUAGGCGGCACGCUCUUGUACUCACCCGUGAUAGUCUACGUCGACGAGUGGUUCGUACGACGGAAAGGAUUUGCAUACGGCAUAAUGUGGGCCGGCACCGGUUUCGCUGGGGUAACCAUCCCCUUCAUCAUGGACUGGGGCCUGAACAAGUACGCAUGGCCAACCGUGUUGCGCGGAUGGGCCGUGGUAUUAUUUGUGCUAACAGGCCCCCUACUGGCAAUAAUCCGCCCCCGGAUCCCACCCAGCCAAGCCCAGAAACCCCAUCGCAUCGACCUGUCCUUCCUCACAAAUCGCACGUUCCUCCUUUGCCAACUAGGGAACGUGUUGGAGGGGCUCGGGUUCUUCGCGCCCGCCAUCUACCUUCCGCUGUACGCGCGCUCGAUGGGCCUGCGUAACGAAGCAGUAACCGCAACAGUGGCGCUGCUGAGCAUCGCUACCGUCUUCGGGUGCAUUUUCAUCGGCAUCCUAAUCGACAGAUUUCACGUCACAACCGCAAUCCUCGUCUCUUCUAUAGGCGCCACCGUCUCGAUCUUUCUAAUGUGGGGUUUUGCAGAGACCCACCCCCUUCUAUGUGCUUUUGCAGUCGUGUACGGGUUCUUCGCGGGAAGCUUCACCUCGACUUACACUGGUAUCGUGAAGGAAGUGAAAAAGGAACAUCCCUCUGUAGAUGCAGGCAUUAUCAUUGGUGUCUUGGCCUCUGGACGAGGUAUUGGUAGCAUUGCCUGCGGUCCCCUGAGCGAGGCCCUGCUCCAGAAUCAUCCAUGGGAGGGUGAGCUAGCGUUUGGGUAUGGGAGUGGCUACGGUGCGUUGAUUGUGUUUACGGGGGUCACGGCUGGCCUGGGCGGUGUUAGUUUUGUUGCGAGAAGAGUGGGAUGCAUAUGA